UUGAUUGUGAAAUGAUAACUAUGAUGAAACAUAUAAUAUUAGUACCUGAAUUUCCAACAUAAAAAUGAAUUUUCUUACCUAGAUAUAGAGUAAAGAUACUGUUUAAAGAGUGUAGAUACUGUACCGUACUGUUUUAGAGUAAAGAUAGUAUUGUAUCAGUUGUGUAUGCCUAGACUCACUUCCAAUAUUUUUUAUCAGCAAAGAGAAUAUUUUUAUUUACUCUCAUUUUUCUUGGUAUUAAGCUAUACAAGUUAUAAAUUAUAAUACCAGGACCUACUUAGGACUUCCUAUAUAUACCUGUAGGUCCUGACCACCUAUAUAUCUCCUUUAUUUAGGAGGUCCUGCAAGUACUCUUUUUAUUUUCUAUCAAAUCACAUAUAUUUGAUAGCUGGCACUUGAUUGAUUUUAUUAUAUAUCCAUAAAAAUCACAUGUAUUUUACCAUAUGAUUCUCUCCUUACAAACUGUAAUUUAGAAUUUUAGAUGAGGCUUGAUAAAACUUUUUGGAAACUUACACACAGUCUUCGCCUACUAUUAGAACAGUAACUUAUAGUAUUAAUAUUCAAAGGUUAUUAAAGUAGCGCCUGUGCUAAGAUUUACUCAAGCAAAGCUUUCAAAUGAAACAUAAAAAUAAGGAUAAAUCAACAAAGCAAAUACAAAAAUCGUUUCAUUAUUCCCAUCCAGAUGAAUUGGAAUCACACGAAAAAGUAAUCGACCUGAAAAGUUAUCUGAAUGAACUGACAUCUAAUAAUGAUGUUUAUUACUUCAAUGUCCAAGUUUUAUUCAAUGGAAGGUUUAUUGAUAAACAAGGCGUGGAACUUGCCAAGAACCAAAUCAUUGAGGAGUCACCAUUUUUUGACACACCAGAUGUGUUGCAAACUCCUGCCAUCUCAGAAAGUGGAAAGGUAGAGAUUCUUCUUGGAAUUGGAUUCGAUGAAUCAGUUGAAUCCAUAGAGUCUUUGAGAAUUGAAGAGGCUGAAGUAUGUGAUGAAUCAAUCCUAUGUAAUUGUUUUUUGAUCUCUUCAAAGUAUGCAACAAUAUCAAAACUACACUUGAUAGAUUGCUGUCUCAAUGCAAAAUCAAUAGAAAUUAUUGCUAAACAACUCAGAUCGGAGAACAACACUAUCAACGAUCUAAGCUUGGAUAUGAAUGUAGUUCCGGAACAAAACUAUCACCUCCUCAUAGAUGGAACAACAUUAGAACAUUUAUCAUUGAGGAAUUGUAAAAUCGAAUGUAAAGGGGCAAGACUGAUUGCUGAAGCUUUAGAGUUUAAGAAACCUGAACUUAAACAAAGAUUACUUUCGCUUGUUUUGAAUGGAAAUGCAAUUCAAGAUUCUGGACUAUUAUUCAUAACAAUGGCUCUGAGGACAAAUUUUAAACUUCACUACCUCUCUUUGGCCAAUAACCUGAUAACAGACAGUGGCAUUGAAAUGAUAGCUGGAGUUAUGAAAAGAUUUCCAAUUUCACCUGAAGAAGACAGAGAAAGACGUUUCAUGUUCAUCAAAUAUUUGGAGUCUGCUGCCAUCAAACAUGGAAAAGAGUGCAUUGAUUCAAUUUGCAAUGCUGUUGAAAGAUUUUCUGUUUUCAAACAACGAGAAAGUAGCUCCUCAUCCAAUGAGACUAGUAUUGGAACAGUCAGUGAUGAUGCAAGGACUCAUCAAGACACCAUUUCAGACAUGGCAAACCCAUUCAUAUCUGUAACCAAUAUUAUGAAUGGAGAUCUACAUCCACUACUCACAACUGUCUAUAAAGAUGGUGACAUCAAGUAUUGUGUGGGGAAUUUUGCUUUGGCAUAUUUGAACCUCAGUUACAAUUAUUUUGGGAAAAUAGGAUUGCAUGCUUUACAAGAAGCAGCAACAUAUCAAAGCACCGUCGGUCCACAAGUCAAUGGCUUCGGUCUAAUGGGAAUCAAAGUUGAGGGUUCAAAACGCAAAGAAACCCUGAAUGAAGAAAUUAAAGAACUGAACAAUAUCCUAGAGAAACGCUCUCUUCCAAAGCUGUACGAUCGACGACAUCUGAUCAAUCUUUCUCAAAAUACUCAUGACAAAUAGAGAUGAGUUAGCAGACCUACAAUGGUUUCAAGUUUUAUAGGCGCGCUGCUUCAUUAAUUUUUCAAUAAUAUGAACGUAUAUAAAUAAUUAAAUAAUAUCAUAAUUAUUAAUAUGAUCAUUGAUAGCCAAUAAAUUAUGUUACAAUAAGUUCAAAUUUAUUAUUUGUUUAAUCUUCAUUUUUCCAAACUAUUUUGAUUCUGAAA